GUUCAAGCAAAGUGAAAAAAAAAAUUGUAAAAAAAGAAACCUUGCUUCUUCACGGUAAUAAUUUAAUAAAACAACGUUCCAGAAAAAACGCAGCUCAUCAGAAAAGAUUCUUCCAGCGCUGCCUUCGCUUGCGCCGCUUCACGUAACGUUGUUGGAUUCAUUGGAUUUCUAUUGUUAAAUAUUUAUCGACACCAGCAUUGCAACGAGCACGAAUCACCAAAAUUAUGUUAAUAGCGAAAAAACUAAGAAAACAAUAAACAUGUACGGGAAUAUAUUAUAAUUGAUAAUACACAUAACGGGCAACAUAGACAAGAGAGAAGGUCAUCCUUAUGUCCAGUUGAAUGUUGUACAUAUCAUUUCAAGAACUAUACGUGAACAAAAACGGCAGAAGAAUCAACAACAUUACUUUCCCCUGAUCGUUAUCAAAACAAAUGCAUGCUGGAUAAAACGGCAAGGAAUAGAGGUGCUGAAGGACAAGGAGUUGUUGCUUCUGCAGCAGCGUCUGCUGCGCAUUCUCCAAGGCAGAUUGUUUAUGCGGCAACAUCGAAAGCAGCUGUUAUACCUGCAUUUCAAGAUUUCGCGGAUGUGGAUAUUGAAAAGGAGUUAUCGUCAAGUAUUGUGAAGAAACCAACAAGCAACAGCUUCGGCCAAACCGUAUCGAAUAACAAUCACCGUGAAACCAACAGUUACUUAUGGUAUAACCAUCCAACACCACAAGAUAAAUGCAUUUCCAAGGACACUGUCGAGCAUGCAGAAAACAUUAAACUAGAAAGUUCAGUUGUUAUAAGCCAAAAAAAGCAAGGAGAAAAACAAUUUCAAAAUGACAAACUAAGGGUUUCGGAUGAAUUGGAAAACACUGAUUACGCGCGUAAUAUUAAAAGCAAGUAUCUGGAAGAAAACCGCUGCGUGUUGAAAGGCGGAUAUUCAUUUCAAAUUAAUAGCAGCAAUAGCAACAGAAGCGCAAUGAAUUCAAGCCAACCAGCGCAAGCUGCUCCCGGUAAUCGUAUUACGUUUACCAGCCAAACGUUACCGAACGGUACAAUUAAUAUCGGUAGUGGUCAUCCGGGAGCUGGUUCGACCAUUAUAUCAACGUCACAACUACCAAAUACCACGACUAUUAAGACAAUAACGGCGGGAGCCGGACAACCGCAUCACGGUUUACCGCAACAAGUUCAAGUACAGCAUCACCAGGUCUUGCAAACAGCUGGCGGACCGGGCACACAACCAGGCGGUCAACAGCAACAACAGCAAUCAGUAGGUGCCACACAAACGCAAACUUUAGUUAUAAAAUCUAAUCAUGCAGUCACAUUGCCGGCGGGUCUUGUCUCAAGUGCACCCGGAAUCGUAACUAUGACCAAAACCAUACAACAACAGGGUAAUCAACCUAUUUUGAACUCCAUGAUACCGGCUAGUGUAGUAGUAGGAAUGCGUCCUCCGAACGCUCAGCAGCAACCAAAGAAUGUACAAGGCAACAAUUUGGGCCGUGUGGUCAUUGGUGGGCCACACAUGGUGGGCACUAGGCCUCAAAGUCCAGCGAUAACAUUAAGUGCACGAACCCAGGGACCAACGCCUGCACUCAUAUUGAAAACUGAAAAUGGAUUUCAAUUGUUGCGCGUAGGGACGGCUACCUCGGGUCCGGUGACACAAACAAUCGCCACUAAUUCCACAAACCCGCCACAAAUUCGCUUGCAAACUGUUCCAUCUGCUUCGAUGGCGAAUACCUCAACCGCGAAUAAUAUUGUGGUGAAUUCGGUGUCGUCAACGAGUUCGGCGGGACCGGCGCAUGUUUACACGUCACAAGCAAACAUAUCGCUGCAACAGCAACCGACUACAACAACGAAUGUUGUUGCCUCCAUGCAACAACAACAACAGCAGCAGCAGCAACAGCAGCAACAACAACAGCAGCCACAGCAACAGUUCCAUCAGCAAACUCAACACUUACAAACGCAGCCGCAAAUUACACAAAUUCAGACGAUAGCAGCGGCGCAAUCGACUACACAAUUGCAACAACAGCAACAGCAACAAACCAAUGCCAACAUUCAAAAUAGUAAUAAUGUGGUGAGCAGUACUACGCCGAGCAAUCCUUCGGCCAGCAGUAGUAGCAGUAGUACACCGCAGCAAAGUACAGUAGCUCAGGGCAAUACCAAAGAGAAAUGCCGCAAAUUCUUGGCGAAUUUAAUAGAUUUGUCAACACGCGAACCCAAACCUGUGGAAAAGAAUGUACGUAGUCUUAUUCAGGAGUUGGUUAAUGCUAAUGUAGAACCCGAGGAUUUUUGUGAUCGAUUAGAGAAACUCUUGAAUGCCAGUCCACAACCAUGCUUAAUCGGAUUUCUUAAGAAAAGUCUACCACUGUUGCGUCAAGCAUUAUUCACCAAGGAAUUAGUUAUUGAAGGUAUCAAACCACCACCACAACAUGCUGUUACGGGACUAGCGUCGAUUCAACAGCAAUAUUCGAAAAUUCAAGCGCAAAUCCGUCCUAUUAGUCAAAAUCAAACAACUACCAUUGGGCAGACGCAGGUGCGCAUGAUCACACAGGCUGCAAGGCCAAUCAGUCACACCACCAUCACCAAACAGCCAGCAGCUGGUAUACGCAUACAGGGCCCGGCCAAUGGGCCGCGUCUAUUAAAUACUCAUCUAAGAGGACCAGUGCAUCAAACCAAUUUACCACAGCCAAAUACAAAUUCACCUCAGAUACAACAUGGAGGACCUACUCAUGCGAACAUUGUUCAAAUACGUGCCCCCAUAGCUACACAAAUGAGUCGUCCCACCACCGUUCAGAUACGCACGGCUAAAGGUAAAUCUUCAACGACCACUGUCGCUGGCGCUGGAUCCGGCAUAACGCACGUGAAAGUGGGUCAAACCCAAAUUAAAGCAAUUUCUUCUUCCACAUCUGCCUCGCCCGCCACAGCCACAGCCACACAACCACCUUCUCUGGUGGCCAUAUCGAACAAUGUACCAACGGGGUCAAACAUUUCCUCUUCGGCCUCAAUACUAUCCACAAUUAAUUCAGUAGCCAGCAAUUCAAUAGGCAACGCGACUGGUUUGCCGGUACCUUCAUUACCCACCGUGCAGUUACCACCAAGUUUACUGGCUCAACAACAACAGCAACAGCAACUCCAAGGUCCCCUAACAAUUACACAUAACAAUAACAGUGCGGCAACUGCUAUAGUGGAAGCCGGUAUAAUAAAAACUGAAAAUAAACCUGAUAUAAAAUUGUCGUGUCAGCUUCCAACCCCUACGACACCAGCAACGAGUAAAGUUCCCGCUAAAUCAUCAGCCGCGUCAGCUAGUAAGGCGGCUGCGAAAAAGAAGAAAGAACAAGCAGAUAAAGAUCGCGAUGAUGUUAAGCUGAAUAAUUCCACUUCGGCCUCUAGUGCGGCAGCGAUGUCGUCAUUCUUUCAACAACCCUCUAUAUCAAUGUCAUCGUACGGUGAUGAUGAUAUCAAUGAUGUUGCUGCAAUGGGUGGCGUCAAUUUGGCCGAAGAGACGCAACGCAUACUUGGCUGUACUGAAAAUAUUGGCACACAAAUACGUUCCUGCAAAGACGAAGUUUUUUUACAUUUACCCGCUUUACAGGCGCGCAUACGAGCGAUGGUCAUGGAGCGCGGCCUCGAGGAGCCAUCGCAAGACGUCGCAGUUCUGAUAUCUCAUGCAUGCCAGGAACGAUUAAAGAAUAUCGUCGAAAAAUUAGCUGUGAUAGCAGAACAUCGUAUUGAUGUGAUUAAGCUAGAUCCUCGUUAUGAGGUAACAAAGGAUGUACGUGGUCAAAUUAAAUUUCUGGAAGAAUUGGAUAAGGCUGAACAAAAACGUCACGAGGAAUUGGAACGUGAAAUGUUAUUACGUGCUGCCAAAUCACGUUCAAAGAUAGAAGAUCCUGAGCAGGCCAAAAUGAAAGCAAGGGCUAAAGAGAUGCAAAGAGCCGAAUUAGAAGAAUUAAGACAACGGGAUGCCAACAUGACUGCCUUGCAAGCUAUCGGACCCCGCAAAAAACUGAAAUUGGAGAAUGAUUAUACAGGAUCAGGAGCGGGUGGUGCUAUAUUUAAUUCGAUCGGAGCCACAGGUUCAGCUCCACCUGCGUUACGGCCUCGUAUAAAACGCGUCAAUUUACGGGAUAUGCUAUUCUUUAUGGAACAAGAACGUGAAACAUGUCGAAGCCAAAUGUUAUAUAAAUCAUAUCUCAAGUGAUGCAUUACCACCAUCACCAUCAUCAACAUAAUCAUUAAUAAUGGAAUUGUAUUAUUCUCAGCUCUGGCUCUCAUAAUCAAUUGAAAUGAAAUCGUGAGUCUUUUAUGUGUUCUUGCUUGCUGCUGCGGCUUUUUUAAACGAUUUUGUCUAUCUUACGAUAAGGAGAAUACAAAUGAUCAUGUCAUUGAAAGCGAAGAUAGCAAAGAUCGGUUACAUAAUCUAUAUAAAGAUAAAGAGAAAAAUGUUAAGGUUUUCAUAUUUAGCUGUAAAAUGCCGUUAAAUUAUGUUUCACUUGAAAGCAAACAAACAAACAAAUUGAUAAUCAACGCUGUGCUCGAUAUUUCUGUUUAUAAAUUUUGAGUUUGUGUCGAUUCUUCUCUCCCCUUCAAGUAAAUUUAUAUUCAUAUCAAAAUUGUCUUAUAUGUAUGUGUGAAACGAAUCUAUAAAAUUUGUCUUGACCUUAAAAAACGGGAAAAAAAACUAAAACCUAAAUUAAUGAUAAAAACGAAACGCUUCGGACUAAAUCAGCAAGUUUGCCCCCACCCCACGCAACGGUUUCCGCAAUAUUUUGUCAAAAAAAAAAAA